GUGUCUUUUAUAAUGCAAGUAAACGAUAAAUUCCCAACUGACGUGGUGUUUAAGUACAUCCCAAUCAAUCUUGAAGAACCUCCAUUGGCAUGUUCCCAGCCAAUUCUUUUCAAAUUCGAUCAGAAAUUGGAAAGUCUUGAAGGUAAGAGCAUAGCCAUAGUGUCAGUUCCAGGCGCAUUCACCCCAACGUGCACGGAGAACCACAUUCCUCCAUUUGUUGAGAACCUUGCCACUCUCAAGAAGGAUAAGAACAUUGGGUUGGUUGUUGUAUUGAGUGCCAAUGAUGCGUUUGUGUUGAAUGCAUGGGGGAAACUUCUUUUAGCCGAUAAGAAGGACGUUGACACCAGUUCCAUAGUGUUUGCCUCGGAUCCAAACGCAGAAUUUGCCCAAAAGAAUGGAUUAUCGGUUGAUGCCAGUGCCAAUGGUAUGGGUAUUAGAACUGCCAGAUUUGCCUUAGUUGUUGAUCUGGAAAGAACUGUGAAGUAUUUAGGGGUUGAACAACAAAGAGGGGUUUCUGUGAGUGGGUAUGAAGCUAUAGUUAAGGCUAAGUUGUAA